AGUCACUUUUUGUAGUGUCGUCACUUUACUCCUCUUUAGUACCUCGACUCUAGGGGUUAAUUAAGUGAAGUGAGUGCAAACUUAACAAUAGCGGGAGAGAAUGGGAAGAGCGCCGUGCUGUGAGAAGGUAGGAAUGAAAAAGGGGCGGUGGACGGCGGAGGAAGACCAGAUUCUCACCGACUACAUUCAGUCCAACGGCGAAGGCUCGUGGCGUUCUCUUCCCAAAAAUGCCGGGCUAAAGAGAUGUGGAAAGAGCUGUAGAUUGAGAUGGAUAAACUAUUUGAGAUCAGACCUCAAGAGAGGAAACAUAACUCCCCAAGAAGAUGACCUCAUUGUUAAGUUGCAUUCCACUUUUGGAAGCAGGUGGUCAAUAAUUGCAAGCAAUCUACCGGGAAGGACAGACAACGAAAUCAAAAACUAUUGGAAUUCACAUCUCAGCCGUAAACUCCACGGUAACUUCAGGAAACCAACUGUCACUGAUGUCGUCGAGAAUGCUCCUCUGCCUCCGAAGCGUAAACCCGGAAGAACCAGCAGAUCAGCCAUGAAGCCCAAAUUCAUCCCAACCUCUAAAAACCCUAAGUCCUUAAUAAAGGCAAACAAAAACGAAAUCGUUUUGCCAACUACAAUAAUAGAGAUCAAUGGAGACAAAGAAGACGCAUUAAUGGAUUUGUCAAGUAGUAGCGUCGUCAGUGGAGCCAAGGAACCUGGUUUAGGACCAUGUGGCUACGGAGACGAUGGUCAUUGUAACCCAAGCAUUAAUGGCGAUUUGUGUAUCAAUGACGACAUAUUCGAUGCUUGUUUUCUACUGAACGAGCCUGAUGCUGUCCACGUGUCCUCAUUUGAGUCUAACAACGUAGAAAACUCUGAGCCAUACGGGAGCAGCUCCGCCUCCGCUGGACACGAAAAUAUCGAGUCGAUGGCUGAUGACUUCAUUGACUGGGACCUUGUAUGGAGAGAAGGUGAAACCCUUUGGGACGAGAAAGAGGAUCUUGAUUCGGUUUUGUCGUGGCUGUUCCAGGGGGAUGAAAAAGAAUCUGAGAGCAGACAAAAGGACUCCAACGACUUUGGAGAACCGUUGGAUUUUGAACAAGAAAACAAGAUGGCUGCUUGGCUUUUGUCUUGAAAAGUUGGACACCAUUUGCAUUUUUCAUCCGUCGGAUUUCAAAAGUCCCCAUGUGGCAGGAUCUGGUCCGUUAAUCUUCUUCAUUAACUAGAGUAGACGUAUUUACGUACCAAAAAGGAAAACAAAAGAGGGUCGCUAUCUUACGUUUAGCAGUACGAUUCGAUUUGGUCCCAUAGUCACUACAAUAAUGCCUCACGUGAUGCCAUGCACUAUUUGUCUCUACUAUUUAUUUCCCUUUUUUUACCGGUAGCCUUAUGAUACUUUUUUGUUUAA